UAUAAUUCACGCUUCUGUUUAGAGUUAAGGAUAAGGAGAAUUAGGGUAUUUUUUGUGCUUCUUUUUUAUCAUUGUAAGAUAAUGGCUAAAAAAGAUGAAGGAUAUGCCGUUGGAAUAGACCUUGGAACUACGUACUCAUGUGUUGGUGUGUGGCAAGAACAGCAUGGUAGAGUUGAGAUUAUUCACAAUGAUCAAGGCAACAAAACUACUCCUUCUUUUGUUGCUUUUACUCAAGAUCAUCAAAGAUUGAUUGGUGAUGCUGCUAAGAAUCAAGCUGCCGCAAAUCCACAAAACACUGUCUUUGAUGCUAAGAGACUGAUUGGUAGGAAGUUUAGUGAUUCUAUAGUACAGAAAGAUAUAAUGUUAUGGCCAUUCAAGGUCAUUGCGGGUGUGAAUGACAAACCAAUGAUUUCUCUGAAGUUCAAUGGACAUGAGAAACACUUUUGCGCCGAGGUAAUCUCUUCUAUGGUACUCACAAAGAUGCGGGAGUUUGCAGAGGCAUAUUUGGAAUCACAAGUUAAAAAUGCUGUCAUUACUGUCCCAGCUUAUUUCAAUGAUUCACAACGAAAAGCCACUAUAGAUGCUGGUGCCGUUGCUGGUCUUAAUGUUUUGAAGAUAAUCAAUGAACCAACAGCUGCAGCUAUUGCAUAUGGUCUUGACAAGAGAACGAAAUAUGUGGGAGAACGAAAUAUUUUUGUCUUUGACCUAGGUGGUGGGACUUUUGAUGUGUCUCUCCUUACUAUUAAGAAUGAUGUAUUCCAAGUGAAGGCCACCGGCGGAAACACUCACCUUGGAGGAGAAGACUUUGAUAAUAGAAUGGUGAACUAUUUUGUAGAGGAGAUCAAAAGGAAGAAAAAGUUGGAUAUCAUUGGAAAUCCAAAAGCGUUGAGGAGGUUGAGAACUGCGUGUGAGAAGGCCAAACGAACACUUUCUUUUGCUAAUGUAACCAAUAUUGAGGUAGAUGCUUUAUUUCAGGGUGUUGAUUUUUCUUCGUCAAUCACUCGUGCCAAAUUUGAUGAAAUCAACAUGGAACUUUUCGACAUGUGCAUGGAGAUUGUUGAGAAGUGUCUUACCGAUGCUAAGAUGGACAAGAGUAACGUUGACGAUGUUGUCCUUGUUGGUGGAUCUUCUAGGAUUCCUAAAGUGCAGCAACUAUUGCAGGACUUCUUCAAUGGGAAGGAGUUAUGCAGGAGUAUCAACCCUGAUGAGGCUGUUGCUUAUGGUGCAGCUGUCCAGGCUGCUUUGUUGAGUAAAAACAUUAAGAAUGUUCCAAACUUGGUGUUGAUUGAUGUCGCACCUCUGUCACUAGGUUGGAGCAUUCUACGCGGUGUUAUGGAUGUGCUGAUUCCUAGGAACACUUCCAUUCCUGUCAAGAAGACAAAAAAAUAUACUACAGCUGAAGAUAACCAAUCGUGUGUCCCGAUUAAAGUCUAUGAGGGUGAGAGAACAAGAGCCAGAGAUAACCAUCUUCUGGGUUCCUUCGUACUUUCAGGAUUACCUCCUGCUCCGCGCGGUCAUCUUUAUGAUGUUUGCUUUGAAGUUGAUCAAAAUGGUAUUUUAACAGUUUCUGCUAUGGAUAAAUCCACCGGCAGUAAUAACAAGAUUACAAUAACCAAUGACAUGGGAAGGUUGUCGGCCAAGGAAAUUAAAAAAUUGAUUCAAGACGCGGAAACUUACCGUAUUGCUGAUAAGACAUUCUUAAGAAAAGCGAAAGUAAUGAAUGCACUGGGCGACUGUGUUUAUAAAAUGAAAAAUGUGUUGAAAAAGAAUGAUAUUAAUCUAAAGCUCUCUUCUGAAGAAAACAAGAAGAUCAAUGAUGCAAUUACAAUGGCUACAAAUUUGCUUGAUGAGAAUGGCCAUCAGAAUGGAAUUGAAGUUCUUGAGGAUCACUUGAAUAAGCUUGAGAGUUUGUAUGAGCGCACUAUAUCCAAAUCCGGGUAGACUUUACUAUUUUAUUACUAGUAUUUAAAGUAUUGUCUUAGCUUUAUUUUGUAAGCAAAUGCAGGAUGUUAGUAAUUGAACCUUAAUGUAUCAGUGCAAUGUUAUGAUAAUAUGAUUAGUGUAACUUCUUUUUACGUGUCUAUUCAUCAAC